UUGCCGUGCGUGGGGGGGGGGGGGGGGUCUCCCGUCACGCUUCACUUCCAAGCAGAACCUGCAGCAGCAUGAGCUCCACCUUUUCAUCGGGAGCCACUGCGGGGAAUCACGCACGCGGAUAUCCAGUGACGUGCACGGUGUGAUUUGGGGAGCUGAAGAAGAACUGAAGAAGAAAAGAAGGAUUUGUUGCUUGGAUCUUAGGACCCCAGUCUGGAGGCCAACCAGGACUUGGGUGAAGUGGACUUUUUGGUGCAUUUGCGUGGAAUUUUGAGUGCGCGCCGAGUGGAGACAUCCAUCCUCCCUCCCUCUCUCGCUUCCUCUCUCUCCUCCCCCUUUCCUCCCUCCUCUCCUCCCCUUCUGCUCUCCUCUUUCCUGGUCUUGUUUCUGCUGCGCUCAGGUGGAUCCACUCGGUCCUGAUCCGCUCCUCCAGCGGGGGGGAAAGUGCUGAAGAUGAGUCGAGUAGGUUUCAGCACCACGGAGAGCUCCCGGCUCCUGCUGCUGGGUGUGCUGGUUCUGUCCGCGGUCCUGGCCGAGCAGGAGGGCGAGAACUUGUCCGGGCUGUCCAACAAUCCGGACCGUGCCAUCUUUGCCGUCAGGGAGAACGGAACCACGUGUCUUAUGGUGGAGUUCGCCGUGAAAUUCCUCGUGCCGUACGACGUGCUCGCGCUCAACCGGAUUGACCUGAUCACGGAGCAGGCGUCCUUCACGCUGCCUCGUGGGGCUCAGAUUGAUGGCAAGUGUGGCGGCGCGGAGUCAGAGAUUCACAUUAGCUGGAAGAACAACGCUUACUCGCUACGCAUCUUCUUCUCCAAGGACAUGCGUGGGAAGGGCGUGGACGUGUGGAAGAUCAGCAAGGUUCAGUUUGUGUACGACACGUCAGAAAGCACACACUUCAUCAACGCCUACAACCCCGGGAAGCACACAGCCAACACGCACCGCCUGUCGGCCUUGGUGACGCCCGCCGGGCGCUCAUACGUGUGCACGGCCCAGCAGACCCUCACCCUCAUCAGCAGCGACCACCAGAAGGGCGUGACCGUGGCCAUGUACGAUAUCCAGAUUCAACCCUUCGACAUGACCUCCGACUUUGUCUUCAGUGAGCCCUACAAGUGCAUGACGGACCAGCGCGAGCGCCUGGAGGAGACCCUGCCGCUGAUCUUGGGUCUGAUCCUGGCGCUGAUCAUCGUGAUCACGCUGACGGUGUACCACUUCCACCUCAAGCUGACCGCCGCCAGCCAGCCGCAACUUCCCCGCGACCGCUCCAUGUACAAGAACAUGUAGGGCGGGGCGGGGCGGGGCGGGGGCGGGGCGAGGGGAGUGGACGUUUUGCCAUUUUUGCUUGCAUGGAUGUCGUCGACCCUCCAAAGAAACCUGCUCUCACUGAGACCACGCCUCCCACACAGAAGCCACACCUCCUUCGACACCACGUCAACUUCUUGUUAUCUUUCCGGCUUCCUGACCUUUGACCUGUCGUUGUUUGUUCAUGGUGGACGUCUCGUCGUGCAGUGUUGUCUUUCAUAUCUCUUUUUUUUUUUUUUUUUUUCAAAAUGUCCAGACAGGAGAAGAAAGUCUAUGCAUUAAAAAAUAAAAGUUCCUGGGCUGUGUUCUUUGAUCUUCCUCCUCCUCCUCUUCCUCCUCCUCGUGGCAGCCACGUGAGUGACGGGAGGAGUCGGAGGACAGAUGAACUAUUGAUUUAGUGGCCGACAUGAAGAGACAAGCGCUUGAUGAAAGACGAGCGGUGUCAAACAUCCGCCUGCGACGCUGAUUUAUGGACACACGAUGAAGGUCAUACCGACCUUCCGACAACAACUCCGAAAUGUUUGUCAGUUGAAAUGUUGUCUGUCAAUAAAGUUAUUCUUAAUAAUUCAUCAUUUAUUUUCACGCUUUUUUUUGUUUUCUUUUUCUAUUGUUGAAAAGAUCACUUUAAAUGUUUGAUAUGAUUUGGUCUAAUAUUGGCUUGGCUGAAAUCAUGAUCGGCUCAAUCAAUAAAUG